AUGAACUCUGCUAAUCAAGACCACAAAGACAGCGUCGCCCUCGUAUCGUGCGACAUCACGGUGACUAGGAUUGAUCAGGGCAAUCUAGGGGCUGGCAGAUGGAUAGCUGACGAUUUGCAAUGGUCCAUUCGUGGCCCAUACAGCAGAGUACGGUUUAGACGAGGAAACAGCGAAUUCCAGGCUGUCGAUGUUUCUCCAGAGCUCGUCGGAUAUCGCGCUGUUAGUUUUUCUGUGCAAGGUGAAAGAGCUGAGGCUCUUGAAAACGAUGUGAAUAGGCUCAAUCGCUACCUCUAUGAUAUAGAGAGGUUUCUAAUCCGAAUACGGUCGGCCGAUUUAGCGCGACAAGAACUCGACCUGCAGGCUCAUCGUUAUCAAGCAGCCAACCGCAGAUAUAUGAGAGAUGAAUCAGGUUUCCUACAUUACCUACAUGAGAAUACACAAUUUCCCAGUCAACCCGAAUUCGUAGAUUCAUUGAGGAAAUUUAAACUAAGCUUUAAUUUAUUGGCUAAACUGAGUCUUAUACAUAAGCCAGUUUCUCAAUUGGUGCAUUAUCUCUUCAUCGCUCUAAAUAUAAUCUUGGAAGCUUGUCAUUGGGAGUUGGGAAAGAAAAUUGCCCCCCAAAUUGUAUGGCCUUUAUUAUCGCUUGAAGCAUGUGAGCUAAUGCAGAAUAGUCUGACUAGCAAGGAGAGUGGUCUUUGGAUGAGUUUGGGUGAAGCUUGGAGAACGCCACCCGAGGAAUGGCGUGAACUUCUACUAGCUCCGUUUAUGGAAAGGACUGCCUUGUAGUGCUCUACUCUAAUAAAUACUAGAUUUUAGUGAUUUGUUUCAAUGUUCACAAUGCU